GAUAUUGCUGCCGGAGAGGAGGUUGCAAUUAAGUUGGAAUGUGUGAAAACCAAACAUCCUCAGCUCCACAUCGAGAGUAAAAUCUACAAAAUGAUGCAGGGUGGAGUGGGCAUUCCCACAAUUAAGUGGUGUGGAGCUGAAGGAGACUACAAUGUAAUGGUGAUGGAGCUGUUGGGACCGAGUCUUGAAGAUCUCUUCAAUUUUUGUUCAAGGAAAUUUAGUCUCAAGACAGUCCUGUUACUUGCUGACCAAAUGAUUAGUCGAAUUGAAUACAUUCACUCUAAGAACUUCAUCCACCGAGACGUGAAGCCAGAUAACUUCUUAAUGGGCCUGGGGAAGAAAGGCAAUCUUGUCUACAUAAUAGACUUUGGAUUAGCAAAGAAAUACCGAGAUGCUCGAACUCACCAACAUAUUCCGUAUCGUGAAAAUAAAAACUUAACAGGAACUGCCCGUUAUGCAUCCAUCAACACUCAUCUUGGAAUUGAGCAAUCUCGCAGAGAUGACUUGGAAUCCUUGGGCUAUGUACUGAUGUAUUUUAACCUGGGCUCCCUCCCCUGGCAGGGACUGAAAGCAGCAACAAAGAGGCAGAAAUAUGAACGUAUCAGUGAAAAGAAAAUGUCUACACCCAUUGAGGUUUUGUGUAAAGGAUAUCCUUCUGAAUUUGCCACAUAUUUGAAUUUCUGCCGUUCUUUGCGUUUUGAUGACAAACCGGACUAUUCCUAUCUAAGGCAAUUAUUCAGAAACCUUUUCCAUCGACAAGGGUUCUCGUAUGACUAUGUGUUCGACUGGAACAUGCUGAAAUUUGGUGCAAGCAGAGCAGCUGAAGAUGCUGAACGUGAACGGCGAGAACGAGAGGAAAGAUUGAGACAUACACGAAAUUCAGCUGUACGUGGGUUACCCUCCACUGCUUCUGGCAGGCUGAGAGGAACGCAAGAUGUAGCUCCUCCUACUCCUCUUACCCCAACUUCACAUGCUGCCAACACCUCUCCUCGGCCAGUAUCUGGUAUGGAACGAGAAAGGAAAGUGAGCAUGAGAUUGCAUCGUGGUGCCCCAGUCAAUAUCUCGUCAUCUGACUUAACAGGCCGACAAGAUACCUCUCGCAUGUCAACUUCUCAGAAUAGCAUUCCUUUCGAACACCAUGGCAAGUAGCUGCUCGUCUCCUUUCGUUGGAAGGCAGCACUGGGGGUUUCUGUACCUACAAGAAACAUUGUCAGCUGCAAACAUUUGAAGACAUUGUGGUGGUACUAAAACUUUCACUGAAGGAUUUUGGUAGUCAUGGUCAGAAUGCAGCAGUUAGGGUAUACAGGAAGAAAGAGAAGGCACUCAUUGCUUUGCUCACAGAAAGCGUGUCUUUUGUCUCUUUAAAGGUAAAUGCUUCUUGUUUGGAUAUUGCUUCUUCUCCAGAAGUCUUUUUUACAAACACUUUCUCUUAUCGAUACAGUGUAUUACUUGAUAGGAAGUAUGGGAAGAGAAUUGCUAUUGAGACUUGAUCAGUUAUGGGAGCUAGGAUAAAAGCAAGAAAAAUAUUGAGCUCUACCCACAAUGCCUCAUGCAAUAAAAGUCCUGGCUUUUGCUAUGUAAUUUUCAAAAGUCUAUUCAUAAUUUGAGGGCAAACGCACCUUCAAGAACCCUCUGUGUUUCUGAUUAGCAGGCCUUUAAAAGUUGGAAGGAUUAUUUAAUUGAUCCUCACAGUUUUCAUUUAGAACUGGCUAUGUGGGUUUUAUGUGAAAAAUACCGCCUGUGCUACUGUUUUACAUAAUCUUGAUGGUUAGAGAGUCCCUGAAUUCUUUGUGGUGCAAGUACCUUGACAACAAUUGAAAACAAAUCCUAUGCUUUGAGAGAGAGAUUAAGUAAAAGCAUUUAAGAAGUGCAUAUAUUCCAUGUUAACUUCAUGAAAGUACUCAAAAACUCCAGAGGCAUCUCAUCCUUCAUUCUCCAGUGGGGAAAAAUAUUAGAAGCACAACUAUUUGUUGUCUUCAUUUCCCCACAUUCCAGACCUCUGAGUGGUAGCUCCUCCACAAAAUCUGUCAAAGGCAACACUUUGAGAAAUUUAAUUUCCUGACAAGAAUCUUUACAAUGAAUUUACAGAUUAGUAAGUAGGUCAUUGGCUAGAGCAUACAUGUUCAUUUCAAGAGUACUUAUUUUCUCUUUGUAAAAGAAUGAAAUAAAAAGGUAUUUAUUUUGUUCUUUAACUUUUGCUUUACAAGAGCAGCACUUCAUGUAGACAAAAUGCGAAGUGAAAACAAACCACUCUGCUGUUUUUUUAAUAGUGCUGAGCCAUCUGGUCAGAAAUCUAGAUUUAAUCCAGUUGUGAGGAAGUGUAAUCCACCAUGAACUUAAUCCUACAGCAAGGUAGCUUCUAAAAUUCACUGGGUGAGACAGGUUAAUAAUAAGAAGGUUUUACCAUUAAAGAAUGCAGUACUUCAUUAUUAAAAACAGUACACUUCCCUCUGGUUCAUUCAGGUGACAAUUACUGGCAUUACAUGUAUAUGUCUAGAUUUAAGUGAUUGUAUGAACCAGAAUUGUAUGGACUGUUGGCAUCGUUCAGUAGUGUGUACCAGGAGAGUGCUCAGAGGCCUCAUCUCCAGUAAGAAUCUGUUUCACAGCAAAAUCCUACUAACUUUAUCAGCAAAUAUUUGCACAAGAGUAACACUUGAUGACUUUUUCUCAGACAUUGUUGGUUUUUUCCUGUUUAGUCUUAUUAAGGCCAGUAUGCUUUGGUUCUUUUGACAAAACCAUUGGAUGCUGUAGGCAGAGGGACAACAGAAAAUUAGAUGAGAUCUGUAUAUACACGAUCUACAAAAAUAAGCAGUCUACAAAAAAAAAUUUUUUUUAAGAUAGUGUUCUUUGUUAAUGUCAUUUUGGGAAAAUUUUUGAUUCAAAAGGCAUAGAUAAGAUCUAGGUCUGAGAAAUAUAAGCAUAAUGGGCAAAUAGGAAUGUGGACAAAGGGGAAAUUGCGUAUAUCAUCCUAAAGCAUUAAGACCCAGUCUACUGUGUCUUUGUUGUGACCAAUCCAGGAUACUUGGGGCAGGGUGGGAUGUGGAACAAACCAGGAAUUCAUUUGGUACAUUAUGCACUAGGAAGAAAAUGUCUAGUACUUAUCUCAAAACCAGACAAAAUGUUUAGUUACAGCCCUCAGCUUGGUUCAGAGCUGCAGGCAUUACAGGCACAAAGGCAAUGUAGAGCUUCUGGUAUUUGUCAUAAUCCUUAAGGAAAGGCUAAACCAACAAUUCACAGUAUUUUGAGGUGAUGUGCAGAUUUUUUUUCUUCAAAGAUGCCAAACAGCAAAUGUUCCUCUGCUCUCACUGCUAAGAAAUUGUAUUUUAAGUUUGUCUGACAUUGUCAACCACCGGAUUUUAUGCCACAUUUUUCAACAAGACUGAAAAGUCUUUUGCUAUUUAAGAAUUUUAAAUACUAAAAUCUGGAUACACUUCUUCAUUGGAUUCAGAGUUUUCCAGUGAAAGGCUUUAAACUGCUGAAACAGUAGUAGAUGGAAGAGACAGAAGAGCAAGAGCUAUCCUCAUUUCUUACUGCUCUAAGGCAUUAAUCUAGGGAUAGUGAGGAAAGUUGACGGCUGGAAUGUUGCUGAGAUGAUGAAGCAGGUAUUGAGAUCAGUCAAGGAACAAACAGCAUAUAACUAGUGGUAAGGAGCUUUUUACUCUGUCUGCCCCUAACUUUCCAUGUUUUCUCAGACAAAUGAAGGAAUGCUGAUCUCGCAGACUGCAUCACUAGCAAGAUACUUUUAAGAGCCCUGACUUUUGCAGUAGAUGCACCUUUUUCCUACUGGCUCUAUUCCAGAAGCAUUGAUAAGGCUGCUAAAGUAAUAUAUUCCAAAGCCGUUACCUCUCAUACACAGUGCCUCCGCUAUUGUCAAAGUUGUUUACUCUUAAAAUAUUGGUGGGUCACCUUCCUUCAGCAGGUCCAGCAGCAGUGAACAGCAGCUGUGCAAUUCCGGUCACGUCCAUUUUCCUCCACAGCGAAUGGCCUGAGUCCUUUCUUUCAGACUCAAAGAGUACCAAGAGGCAAAGAUACACCCUUUGGUUUUCUGUCACAAGGAUGUGCUGACUGCAUGCUAACGCAUUCUGUCAUUUCAGUCCACCCGAUAACAUUCAUUCCCAUAGCAGCUUAGGGCCUGAUACAGCUGGCAGGGCAGCAAGGUAUUUGAUUAUACCUUAAGACUUAGCAAUUUAACUAAACUAGCAUAAAAAGGGUAAUGAUGUUUAUUCAAACAUGGGGUUUUAUGUAAACUAGACCUACAAUCUUUGCAGUGUAAAUAUACAGAGAAACUUUUGAAGCUGAGCUUAGAUAGAUUUUUCCAAAAUUUCUCAGCAGAGAUACUUAGAAUUAGGCACAAAUUGGUGUGAGCUUUCUAGAUGGCUUCUAGAUAGCAAAAUGUAGCUCUUGUUACAUUGAAGAGACUGUAAUUUUGAUUCACUUGGGUGUAGCCUCAAGAUUUUACCUUCAGGAGCCAAUCUUAUCUUGGGUACGACAGGAUCCAAAAAACUCCACAAUAAAUGUAUUCUUAAGCUACAUUUUCUUAGGAGGUUUCAGUUCUAAAGGGCAUCACUUGACGAUAAAGAUAGCUUGCUGGCAGGUCAGUAUUCAAAAUAUUUAGAGCUUUAUAAGUCAGCAGUUCAUAAAACUUGACCUUCAAACAAAACCUGGAGCACUCUUCAGAGGAAGAAAGUAGUUUCUACAUAGAGCACCACAAAAUUAAUAGCUAUUUUAAACUAGUUGAUUGCUUUAAGAUAGUCUUCAGGAUCAUUUACAGCAGGAGCCCAUUUCCAUUUUGGAAUUGGCCAAACUAUGAGUCAUGGCAAAAGCAGUCCCCUUGCCCACGUUAAAUUCUAGCUGCCUGUCAGCUUGGCGUCACCUCUUACUUUCUUCUCUAUAAGCACUCUGCUUCUGUGUAGCUAUUGAGCAUGUACAAGUGAAGCCAAAUUUCCAGAUCUGGGUGUUAAAAUUAUUUUUUCUAAGCUUAUUUUCUCACACAGUUUUUGACAACCAAAUAAAUAUUUAUUCACUACAUUUGCAACAGCUUACUAGAAAAGCAUAAAAAAAAGUAUAAAUGUACACGUUACAUUAAAGUGCAUUAACAAGAAACAAAAAUAAUAAUCCUAAAGGCAAGUGUGGCAGAGACACAGACACACACGUUGGUACUUACCCCUCUAGCCUGUAAGAGUUUGCGUUCUCCUGCGAGCCCUCUGUUUAUGAUUGCCUACCAAACUGAAGCUUUUCUUUGGGACGUCACAAAGGUGCACACAUGCGUGUAUUUGGGAUUUUCAUUUUGAAGUUUGAUUGCUUGGUUAGGGGAAUGUUUUCAUUUCUUUUUAGAGAAUGAUUUUACAUUGUCUAACACGUAUUUGUUCGGAUGGUAUUUAAUAUGAACAAGCACAAGAUCUGUCCAGUCCUUCACACCAUACCUUCAUGCCGUCUCAAGUCUCAACUGUAGGGAACUAGCUGCUUUAGCAGCAGGUACUGCUAAAGACUUGCUGUAAUGUAUUUAAGGACCAGAGAAAAAGAAAAUCUAGAGAUUGUGAUUUUAAACAGAUAGCUGCAUCACUUUUAAGAUUUUUAGUUCUGCUGAGAUCUUCUAGGCUUCAAAUAGCUACAAGAUAUUUAUUUAGAAAAUUCUAAAAAGCAAGCUUAUCUUUGUAUAGGAGGAAGAAGAAAACAGUUUUAACUCUGCAUUGCUCAUUGUCUAGUAAACAGGCAACCUGUGUCUGUUCUACUCUACUGGGUAUUUUGCAUGUUUGAUAUAUAGAGAUUGAUACAUACAUAUAUAAAUAUAUAUAUGCACAGACAUAUACACCUCUUCAUAUAUUCUGUGUGUGUUACAGGCGUUUAUACGCACACACUCUCCUUGCGUUAGGAAAUUAAGGGCCAAAGAUCCUUUACAUGAUCAAACAUACAGUAUUUUAACCAUAAAUCCUAUAGUGCACUAUUUAUAGAAUGUACAAAGAUCUAAAAAGCUUUAAAAAUUAUGCUAGCCUGCACAAUGAAAGACCAUUCAUUGGUUUCCGAGAAAUAAUCUAUGAAAACUAUUUUUCAAUUAUUUUGUAGUAUUAUACUUGCAUUUUUUUACACUUGCAGUUUUUGAUUGUUUCCCUCACAGACUUCUUAGUUUCAUGAACUAUGUGUCUAAAGAAAUUACAUUUGUUCUAAUACUGUAUGAUGCAAGAGAAAAUUAUAAUGUUGCCUUUGGGAUGCUUGGCAAUUCAGUUGUAUAAUUACCUGCCUUCCCCCCUUUCUUCCCUUUUCUUUUUUCAAGUCAUAAAAUUGUAACCAGGUGAAGGUUGAACCAAAAUUGAUCCAGGUAGAUGUUGCAUGGAACUGUUACACUUGUGUCCCUGGGCAGUUAACUGUCUCUUCAAACAAUGCCUUAUGACUCCAACCGUGCAUGUCCUCAAAAUACAUGAAAGAGCGCAUCUCGCCAACUGCUCUUAAGGGGAUCUUGGUGGUGUUGAGGUUAAAGUACUGUAGCAAAAUACCUGGAGGGGUUUAAAAGCAAUUCUUUGUGAAUUUUAAAUAAGCAGAGUUAAAUUAAUAAGGAACCAGGCUAGUCUUUCCAAGAGAAAGGCUUCCAAUACAAUCCUCUCCUGUAUGUUAACAGUUCCUAGCUGGUGUUUGAAGACAGCACUGGGAACCUAAUGACUGCUUGGUUUUUGGUUGGUGGGUUUUUUUGGGGGUUUUUUUUUUGAUAUCUCAGGGUAGGAAGGAGGGAGAUCUAUAAAGCACGAGCUCAAUGUAAAGGCCUUUAUGGCCGUAGGAGCAGUUGGGUACAUGCCUGAGCAUACUGGCCCACAGUUGUCCAGGCUAGGGAUCUGGCAUGCAUGGAGGUUUCCUUCCCAUCAGUACAGCCAAUCUCUUUCCAAUGAAAUGAAGGCAGCUGAAUGGAAAGAGGGCUGGAGGGCUAGCACACACCUGAUGUCAUCCCUGAAUGGGACAGAAUGGAAGCAGGGAGCUUAACUGGCUUCAGAAGUACUCUUAAGCCUGCCAGUUUUGAUGUUGCCGAGAGCUCUGGAUUAGGAGUUUCUCAUCUCUGUGUUGAUGCUGCUUGUAAAUAAUGAAAACGGUAUAAGAUUUUAUAGCCUGUGUGAAACUGCUUAGCAAAUUAAAUUCCAACCCUUAUUUCUCACAGUUGGUAAGAGUCCUGUGAUUUGACCUCUCUCAUGCAGUAAGCAUCUCCUGCUCUCACAAAUACUGCAAUCUGGGUGGGUCUGUGCUGAAAAUAGCACAAGAGCGCUGGCAGUCCUACUCGGAGUAGUUCGUCUUUUGAGUCGAGGAACAGAACUUGCACAGGCCAAUGAGGCAUUUUCUGUGAACACUAGAUUUACUUUAGAAAUUACUUAUAGUGUCUUGUUGAAAUGUGUUUCCCUUGUCCCUCUUCUGCCUCAAUUACAUAAAAUUGUAACGUAACGCUUCUUGUUUCCAGCUUAACCAUAAAGGUAUUACAUAUGGCAAAUGAAAGAUGGUCUGGAAAGUCAGUAUGAUAAGCCCAAAUUUUCAAGAUGUUGCAGUCUAGACAAUUUGAAGAGUGUCUGGAACGUUAAAAUUGUGCCAAAACCUGAGGUCAAAGGAAUAACCAUUUAGUUCUGUGAUAACAGUAUAGCAUUAUCUAGAAAAGGAAUCUGGUGAUCAAAACACACAGUAAGACAAAAAUGGCUAUUUGGAGAAUCUGAAUUCACCUUUGGGAAGGUUUCUAAUUUUUGCUUUUUGAAACAGAACAAGGAACUCAAAUCUGAAAGCUGUAGCAGGCCUUCAUGUAUCAUCUGAAGCAGCCUCCAGUGCUGUCAUAAACUGAUCUGGGGAUUCCAUUUUCCUUUUGCCCGUUCAUAUGGUGGCCUUCUGGAGUUGGCAGUAUUGUGUGCCAAGUACAGAUUUUAGUCUUCAGCAAACUGGAGGUACGUUUGGCGACUAAGGUCUUAUAUCUAGGACGUGCCAGUACAAUUCCUGCCACUACAUUAAUAAAAGGUUUUAAAGUAAUGCACUAUAUGUAAUAUAAAAAUAAAGUUUAUUCAGUGCAGCAUCCAUUUCUUUUUAUAAAACCACUUGAAGAAAGGGUAUGAUCCUAACUUUUCAAUUUCUGUGCAAGGUUGUCCUAACAAUGCAAAACCAUUUUGAGGAAACUGCCAGAAUGGAAGCUGGUAUCUGAGAUGAGAGUUCCAGCUAGGGAAUGGUUCGUGGGUUUGGCACUUUGUUGGGUUUACUAUAUGUGUCUGUUAAAAUGGCCGAAUAUGCAACAGCUAAUGAUGUUAUUUUUAAAAGGGAUACAGGGGUUUAAGGGAUUAGGGUCUUUUAGUUUUCAAGUUAUUAAGCGGAACAAUUUGGGCACCUGAAAGCCAAUACUCCUUUGCUACCAACAAGAAAACUGCAUCUGUUGCAGUCAGUCUCUUUUGAAGAUUGUUACUGCAGUCACAAAGCCUAGAGAGCUUUUUAUAAACAUCUGAAAGGUGGUUUGUGGUAGCAUAACUUUGUAUAAAAGAUUACAUUUCUUGAAGAGGGUGUUGGGGGGGGGGGGAAUGUAUAGAAUGCCUUCCUUUUACCUUCCUUUUCUAUUCAGUGUCCUCACAAUGAAUCUUUUCCCUUUACACAUUUCUUCAAAUGUGCUGUCACUGCCUGAUCUAUUUUUUCUCCUUCCCCCAUACUAAUGUCAAGAUAUAAAGACUGGCCAGAAACUCCCCAUUCUGUUUGUGCCAUGAGUAGCAGAGCUGACCCCAUUUUUGAUUGGUUCUUACGCACUGCUGUCAUAAAUACGAUCAACAGUUCUAUUACGUUUCCUCAACCAGCAAGAACGGCACCUUGAACUUCCAUAGAUUAAGCAAAAGGAUAGGGAAGUGGGGUAAAUGAGAAAACAACCAACCAAAAAAAUGUUAAGACCUUCCUCUGCUGCUAACAUAAAGAUGGCUAGCAUGUUUCAAAAUAGUCCAGUCCCUUCCCUGAGGCUACCCAAUCUAAUUUACAG